AUGAUAAUGCAAACCAGGACGUCUAUCCAAAACCCCCCAAGCAUCACAACAGUUUCUAGAAGAAUCUCGAGAAAUCAUUCUCCAACCGUUAGACGUGGACCAGGACGGCCACCUAAAACCCCCCAAGCAUCACGAUAUCUUCUAGAAGGAUCUCCAGAAGCAGAUGAUAACGUAAACCAAGACAUCUAUCCAAAACCCCCCAAACAUUAUAACAGCUUCUGGAAAAAUCUCGAGAAGCAGAUAAUAAUCUUCAUUCUCCAACCGCUAAACGCAAACCAAGACGUCUAUCCAAAACCCCUACCCUACAUUUCGAAGAAUCAGCGGAAUCAGAAGCUCUAUCUAAUAGCACAUAUCAUCAAACUCACAAAGAGUAUUCUGAAGUCUCACCAAGAGUUAUUCCCACUUUCACUCAAUACAACUCUGACACAUCUACAUUCUUAA